AUGCUGGCUCACAAUUCAGCCGGUCAACCGACUUUGAAUGGUGGCCAGACGAAGGUUUCGUAUCUUGCAGCGAGCGAUACGCUGCAGCAGUGCCCUAAUCCGACACACUGCGAUAACGUCAACGUGAUGUCAUCGGGCGGGGGCGGGGGGAGGCAGGAGGAGGAUUCGGGGGCGACGUCGACUGCGACGGUACCCACCCUUGGAGACCUUGACUGGGGCCAGCCGGAGGGCCCCCUGGUGCUCCUGUGGGACGGGAGGAGGAUUGACGGGGUGGAGGUUCCGGACCCUGGCCCCGGGACACGCCCUAUCCGACUCGUGGUGUCGGUGUUGAAGGCUUCAGAAGACAUAGACCAGUCGGCGUGGAUAGACAACAUCCUCGAGCAGGCAGGAGGGUUCGGUCGCGUGCCUGAACGCCGCGGUUCCCGUGCUGAGACGUGGAGCGACCUCUACACUCGGGCGGGAGUUACAGCGUCUGAAGUAGUGGAGCUGGUGUCAAACAGGGGCCCCGCAGAGGUUAGCACCUCCAAGAUGUGUAUCUCGCUGCUGAGGAAUUUUUCGAGUGCCGUCACCCCUGACUACCUCGGCAGCGGCAGGAAACGCGCCUCAGAACGAGGGGGAGGAGGAGCGGGGGCUUCGCAGAUGGAGGCGGUGCAGAUCGCGGGACCAUCCGGCGUGUUCGAGGAGUGGAAGGGCGGGGCCGGGGCAGAGCUAGCUGGACUGGAGCUGUCGGAGGGAAGCGAGCUUCUGGUAGAAGAGCAGGGUGCGGUGAACAAACUCAUCGCGAUGACGGAAUUCUCCUCUCUCGCUGAGAUGGAGGCGGCCAGGCGAAGCCGUUUGGUGAGGGUGGAGGUGGAGGUGGACGACGACCUCGUCGAGACCCUCAGGAGUCAUGGCCUUCCGCUAGCGCACGACGUCGCAGUGGCCACCCACGAAGGCCAACGGGUGCUGCUAAACCUCGAGUGCGAUGUUCACGCCACCAGCGUCCCCCACCUCAAGGCGCUCUGCCUCCUGGGCCUCGUGCCCGCCCUCAAGGAAAACGCCGUCCCCUCCUCGCAAAUCCAAGCCCUGCUACCCCCCCCCCCUCCCCCCGCCCGGGGUACCGCCACCGCCCCCGCAAGCGGAGCAAAGGAGGAGUUAGCCCUCGUGGGGUUGGUCAAAACGGUCCGCCUGGAGGACACCAAGUCUGGGAACGCGCUGGAUGAGUCCUCUACAGGCGCCAGCCUGUUUGCGGCCAGGGUUACCGACGGGGCCCAGCUGAUGCUACAGUGGGGGGCCCCACCGGCCACUGGGAAGGCCUUGGUCAAGUUCUACGUCCGCGUGGGUGAGAGCUUUUGCGGGUAGUAUCAGCAGCCGUCGCUGUGUUUCGUUUGUUUGACUCAGCGGUCAGUGUCGGCUUAUCUGCCGUCCACAAGUUGGAGUGAUGAAAGUCCUGUGUGUAGGUCAACAGCAGCAGCAAGCAGCAGCCAGGCAGGGCAGGGUAGACAUGCAGCCUUCUGUUUGUCUAUUGGCUUGCUCUGCUGCGUGGUGUUGUUAUUUUAGACGGCAAGUAUCACAAGGGGGGUGAUGCUGUUGCUGUAGUAGUCGAUUUGUAGUGUGUGGGCGUGUAGUUCAGUUGUGAGCACGCAAACGUGCUACAGGGAUUGCAGGUGUACCUCCUCGGGCUUGCGUACCCUUUCCUUGCUAAUAGUGUGUGUGUUCUUUAGAUCUUCUGAUGGCUCUAGCAUUUUUGUGACCACGGACCGAGUCUUUGCUAGAUUUUAGGAUUAGCAACUGACACGAGUUUAAUGUAAAGAAAAACAACA